AUGGUAGUUGCAGUGGAACCUAGUUCGGUACUAGAAGAAACCGACGAAGAUUCAUCUGUGAUUGUUGAUGUGAUUGCGGUUGUGCUCGUGGUUCCUAUUGUAUCGAGGGUAGCAUUCGUUGUUGUUUCACUGGUGGGUGCGGUCGCUGUGAUGCCAGAUGAUGCUGUAGUUGAAAUGGCUGUAGUUGUUGAUUUUCCCAUUGGGAAGAAGGUUGUUGUCGUUGUUUUCGCCCCUGUUGGCGGCUUUUUCGUUGUACUAGGAGUUGUUGAACUCGUCUCCGCAGUCGCCACGGUGCCAGACGGCUGCGACGCUGAAGUGAUGACAGUGGGUAUAGGAGUCAUCACCGUUGUGGUUUGUGUCGCUGUGGCGCCAGAAGACGGUGCUGUAGUUAAAAUAAUCGUAGUUGAUGAUUCUUCUAUUGAUAAGGAAGUUGGAGUCAUCCCUGUUGUGGUUAGUGUUGGUAUUUCCGAUGUCGUAGCAACUUUUGUUGUGGUUCCCAUGUCUGUCACUGCAACUGUACUGCUUGUUUCUUCCUUUCCCCUUGUUGUUGCCUUUGUUGAUGUGGUUGCCAGCGUUUUUGCUGCACUAGCCGUUGUAGUUGCUGCUAUCUCAUCUGUCGUAGGAGACAUUCUUGUUACUGCUAUCGUCGCAGGCGACGUUUGGUCUCGACGUGAUGUAGAAGUGAUGGCAGUAGAGCUCUGCAACUGGGUCGUCGUUGGGGAAAAUAUUGGGCACAAACGACACUGCGAAAUAGGGACACCCUUUGUUGUCGAAGCCGCCUCUUUUGUGAUUUUUAUCAAUUUUUUCAAUGUUGUUGCCUUUGUUGACGCCGCUCUCGUUCUUGUCGCCGCAGUAGCAGUGCUUGUAUACUCCUUUUCCAUUGCUGUUGUAGCUGUUGUCUCUGCUGACGUUGCCGGCGUUUCAGUUGAACUACUUAUUGGAGUUGUUGUUAUAUUCGCUGUUUUUAAUGGUGACCCAGCUGUCGUAAGAGUUGCUGGAGUUGUUGCGACUGAUGCAGAUGAUGAGGGAACUUUAGUUGAUUCCAGAGAAAUGGCAGUAGAAUUUCCUGUUCCUGCGGUCGCCGCAGCAGUGCUUGAUCCUUCCUUUUCCUCUGUUAUAGCCGUUGUUGUUGUUGUUAAAGUCUCCGCUGUUGAUUUUUCCGUUUUUGUCGACGAAGAAGUUGUUGCUGCAGUUGAAGUAUGA